AAGCAGAGGGUGAACAGGGGGAGAGAGAGAGAGAGAGAGAGAGAGAGUGUGUGUGUGUGUGUGUGUGUGUGUGUGUGUGUGUGUGUGUUUGUGUGUGAAAUAGAGACUGGAUGGACUCCUCUAUUCAUCUGGCACUCCACAGGCGUUCAUUCAUUUAUUUAAGCCCGACCGACGACAGCAUGCCAAGCGCAGACUCCAGCGGCAGAGCUCGGAACAGACUUCCCAACAGAGGACAGGAGUGAGACGUCCUCCGUCGCACCAGCCCGAUCGCGCUCUCACCUGCGCAACAUCCGUGCGGGACCCGACUUUUGGCGCCCUCCGGGACGCCACCGACACCCAGGACCCAAUGCUAAGGAACUCGCCGUAUAUGGGCCCAAAGCACCGUGAGGCCCCAGGGAUGGCGUGCAGCGCGUGUUACUAUCUGGUUAUCAGCUCCACACACCUGAGCAAAGGACACUUUCGGCGCGUCAAGGGGGUCUUCAGAGGACCGCUGUGUCCAACCGCAACCAGUGAUUCACCGGAGCGUGCAGAGAGGGCUUUGGGCUGCUCAGUGGAGGAUCUGAAGGCUCUUUUCUACUGUGAGCUGUGUCACAAGCAGUACCUCAGACACCAGGAGUUUGACAACCACAUCAACUCCUACGACCAUGCACACAAACAGAGACUGAAGGAACUCAAGCACAGGGAGUUUGCUCGUAACGUGGCCUCAAAAUCAUGGAAGGACCAGCGCAAACAGGAGAAGGCUCUCAGACGCCUGCACCAGCUCGCACAGCUGCAACAGGAUACUCAGCAAGUCCCUGGAAGAACUUAUGGACUAAGAAGUGUAGUCAGGGCUGUGAGCCAGCAGCAAGAUAGAGAUGUGGACCAAAGAGACCACAGCCCUGAGGACAAACCUGAACCCUUCAACCACACCCAGAGACCCCCUUACACACAACCCAGGACAGCUCCUCUCAGCCACCAGUCAGGGGAUCCAUGCCAAUUUCCUUCCCAAAUACCGGUGGCCACUGCUCUAGCAGAGUCCCCACUAAUCACACAUAUGGGAUCCGAUACAGACCCUCCUGCAGUGAAGCCACAGUCUUGUCUGGGCUUGUUUCCCCAGCUGCCUCUCCCUGGGCGGGGGAGAGUGGGAGGCAGGCUUGGGGUGUCCUUCUGCUUCUCACGCAGGGGGCCCAGGCUUGAGCCUUCCGCCUCCGUCUUCUCAGACCUGGAGGAGGAGGAGAGAGAGAAGAGGGAACAAAUGAAAGAAAGGAUAAAGGGAAUAAUAGAAGAUAUUGACGGGGAAAUUGGGGCAGCAGAUGAGAGGAAACACAGUGAGGGUGAAAAGCAUAAGUCCAACUCUGACAGUGUUGGACUGAGUGACAUGGGGCCAAUCCCCAGAGAGGCUGCCAGAGAAGAGGAGGAGAUUGAAAAAAACUCUCCUAUUUCCACAGCAGUACCUGAUAAUCUGAGCCACGGUUCAUUGUUCUUGCCAUCACAGACCCAGGUGACCAUAUGGGGCACAGCACUAGCAGGGGCACACAUGGACACUGAACACACAGAUAGUGAGACAGAGAGAAAGCAAGAAACAGAGGGGGGGAGGGAGGAAAGUCAAUAUAUGUGUGUGCUGGGGAAAGAUAGCUCUACCUGUCUAAGAUGGCCUGUCAAUUUGCUUAAGUUCACCAAGUCUCAACCACACAUCUGCUACAGCUGCAACCCACUCUGCUUGAACCCCCGACCAGAGCAGCUCACAGAGGAUCUGCAGCAGUCACAACAAAAUCAGUUGUGUGCUCUCUCAGAUGAAUCAAAUCCACGUGUGCCAGCUAUUCUUAAACCAGACUCUCAUUCCUGUUUACAAAGACAGACAAGACAAGAGCUGAGAGCAGACAGACGGGAAAAAGAGGAGAAUUUCAAGGCAGAGCAACAUAUCGAUGUGGAGACAGAAGCACACCUGUUCCUAAAGAACAAAAACCUUUCAUCAUCAGAAACAAGACCAGAAAGAGGAAUAUGCACGCAAAGUAUGGAGAAUUGUGUGAGGGCAGCCUCCCAUCCAUUUGACCCUGCUCAUAAUGACAGCUCUGACACAAACUCCCAGAAUCCUCUGGGAGGCAGAUUAGGGGGUGCGAAAGGGAUCAGGGAGAGAGCCAUCACAGCCCUGAGCUGUAAAUCAGAGUCUGUCAUCCAGCCUGGCACACAGGGGAUGUGCAUCAGCCCAUCCAGGUGUGAGUGUGGGAGUGAGACAAUGUGCAAGUGUGCCAGCGUUCCACAGCCGUACGUGGGUGUCUCAGAAGUGUCACGCAAAAAGAGGAAAGCCAGCACAAAGAAACACAAGCUGGGAAAGAGGAAGAGGGGUGAGAAGGAAAAAGCUUCAAACAAGCGGCAAUCAGCAAGGUGCAAAGUAAGGAGUGUUGUCUCUACAGUCUCCACUGGCAGAGAGAGGAGAGGAGAAGCUGUAGGGAGCUGGGGGAAGAAAAGGAGGCAAAGGGAGAUGGGGGAGACGACGAUGAGGAGGAGGAGGGUGCGGAGGGCAGGGAGCAGCUGUCUCCUGGGGAGAUGUGAGGCUGAGCCAGUAUCUGUCUCUGUCAGGAAGAGGAGGCCUCACAGGAGCCACAGCACUGAAUCCCAGUCACAGCCAGACAGAGAGCAGGCAGAGCACUGCAGUGUCUACUCCCAGCUCACCAGACACAAAGCAGACAGAGACACCAAGGGGGAGGGAAAGCGAGACGAAGAUGCAGUGACUUUUCCCUGGCGGUCUCACUUCUCCUUACACUCCUUCUCACCAGGAUGUAACUCAAAGCUGUUUUGGGAAAGGGGUCACCAUAGCAACCCCAGGAGUUUCAUUGACUGCUGUUACCCUGACAACAGCUGUGGUAGCAGCCCGGCGAGAAAGAGAAAACUCCUCCACAGGGACAGGAAAUUCAUUCAUAGUAAGAGGAAGAGUUUGAGGCAUCAUGAAGUCUGGGAGGAGACAGAGAGGGGCAGAAAAAUGGGAGGGCGUUCAGGUUGCAGAGACGGGGGCAUGAUUUUAGAUACAGAACAGUGGGAGUGGAUGAGAGGGAGCUGUCCUGGAGGUAGUGAGGAGGGCAGGUCAAGGGCUGGGUGGAGAUCGAGAAACAGAGCAGUGGAGUGGGAUCGGGUGGCAAGGUUUAGCCCCAGUCCUAGCAGCUGGGGCAGGAGAAGCAGACAUCUCAGCACAGAAGAUGUAGACUGGGACAGGUGCAGUGUGGACAGAUGGACAUGGGGCAGCAGCGACAGCUGGGAAGACAGGGGGACACACAGAUCUACGUCAGGCUCCAGGACAGGGGCAGACAGCAGAGACAGCCCGGGCUAUGUGUGGAAAUGUGCAGGCACCAGACGCUCAAGCUCGAGACGCUUCUCCAGCCCUGAGUGGUGGACAAGUAGGCAGACAUACAGCCCCCAGAGUGUGAUCAACCCACGGGCUAGCAGAUGCCACAGCCCGCGCUCCUGCAGCCCCUGCAGCAGCACCAGCAUGUCCGAGUUAAGUUGGGAGUGGAGCAGGAGCAGUACCUGCUCAGGAGUCACAGUGGAUGGGUUGACAGUAAGCUCCUGCAAGAUGUCCUCAGGAGCUUCAGGACUUUCAUCCGAGGCCCCUCAGGAGGCAAAGAAGCAGAGCAGCCCCACGUCCACUUCAUCCGGCCUUACCUCUAGUUCCUUCUCCCAUUCCUCACCCCACAGAUCCUCUUUUGCUCCCACAGUCCCAGGCCUCAACACGCACCAUUGUGACACGAGUCCUUCUCAGCUAAAGGAGCCCAAUUCACAGUCUGACCUUGGCUAUGGACCCUCUGCCCCUGACAUAACAAUCAGGUCAGGCACAACUCCUCCAGGACUAUCCCCCAAUAAGUCUCUGCCACCGAAACCAGGCAAGGUGUUGCUUCUCCCACUCAUAGGGAAACUACCUGCAAUCCAGAGAAAGGCUAGGAGGAAAAAAAGGCUGCUGGAGAAGAGUCAGGAGAAGGAGGGAGAAGAGGAAGAGGAGGCUAAGGGCAGUGGACUGGAUCCUGGAGCAGUCGUCAACAGUCAAAAAUGUCCUCUGGACAUGGUUGAACCACACCCCAGCAGCAUGCCAAAUCUCUGCCGGUCGCGGAUUAGGACUGAUGACAAACAGACAGGUGGAGAGACAGCUCCGCCAAUCAGCUUUACUGCUGAGGAGAUGGACAAAUAUCGCCUCCUGCAAGAACAGGCGAGAGAGCACAUGCAGAAAGUCCUGGAACAGGCGCAAGAGAGUGUGGAUACACACACAGAGACAAACUACACACACACGGCACAGACAGAGAACGAUUCAUCUUGAGAUGAAUCUCCACUUGUGAAGGUGCCGAUCCCCAGGUUGAAAACCACCAUCCUAGAAGGUCUGAAGAAAACGUAAUGGUGACAUUUAAUACAUUUAUCAAUCAAGUGUAGCAAUUUAUUUAAUAAAAAGAAGAAUCAGUGUGGAAGUGUUUUUAUUGUGUCAGUCACAGAGAUGCUGCCGUUUAAAAUGUCCCAUAUUUUGUUUCAACAGUGUGCUAUUAGUCGUUUUUAUUGCCAAACAGAUCAAUCAUUUAGUCCAAAGAAGCACAUUUCAGUUAAUCUGCACUAGACAGUUUUGAAGUGCAUGUUGUGCUUGAAUAUCAUACAUGUGAAGUAAAAAAACAAACAAAAAUUUGCAUAAUUAAUCACAUUAACAUCGAUGAACUUCUUUCUUGCAUGUCCUGCCAAAGGUUACGGUGGUUAGUGACUGUUGCUAUGCAUGCAUGUCUGGUGAUUGGUGAAGGCGCAGAUGUAUUAAAGCUGCUCGCCAAACAGUUGAUCACUGCAGCGGCCGGCUCUCAGGGAGCAGAACACAGAAGAGAACAGAGCGGCAUCCAGAUGGUCUACGGACUUGGACUACCCAGAGUGCUUUGAGAGAUUGGAUUGAUUUGCCCUCCGUGAUAUCAGUGAACACAGCCCAGCACACAGGGAGGGCAACGGCAAGGGGUGACAUAAAUACAGACACAAAAACAAGAUACAAAAUGUACACUCCCAGUCUUGAGGUGUUGGUUAGAAAUAUAAGUCAACCCCUGCAGAGAUUCAGUAAUUAGAGCACAAUUCCUCUUUCUCCUCCUCCUGACCCCUGAGCUUGUGUGUGUGUGUGUGUGUAUGUAAGUGUGUGAGUUUCUGAGAAAUAGAGACAGAGAAUUCCUAUCUCCACAGGACGGGAGAUCAAACAGACUGUGUGAAAUAUAGAGCAGCAAUAAUUAGCAGCUGUUACAGCAUCAGACCUCUCUAUCUCUACCUCUCCCGCUCUGCAAUACACACACCCACACAUACACUCUAAUGCUCUGCUCUUAUCCCAGAGUUUAAUUUAGAGAUACUCAAAUGUGCUGUAACUUCUCAGUCCUCAUAUACUGAUAAUCAGAGAGAUGAUACAAAAUCAACCCACAGUUUUUCCUCCAUCUUUUCUACAGUUCAGAACAGUCACGUACAUAAACGAAAAGCUUAAAAGAAAAUACAAAACUUGAACAAAAAACACAAAGAAUGUUAUUUGGGAUAGAAAAGCAAAUUCAUACACAAAUAUGAGGUUCCUUCACUUUAUUAUGAGGCAAAAUUGUAAGUCGCACACACACACACACACACACACAGUUAUCCACACAGGGGUCAUGUGGAAAUUAGUAAUCACAAUACCACUGUACUUUCUGUCAGUGACUGAUUAAAUCAUUACCUAAGCCCUGAGAUUCUCCCCCUGGUGUGUUCAUGUUUUGCUGUUGUGUGUGCGUGCGGGUGUAUGCAAGUGUGUACUUGUGUGCACAUGCAGGAGUGUGAGUUGAUUUAUGAUCGAGAAGAAGCGGUUUCCUCAGUCAAUCGCUCCUGUGAAUUAAUGAGGUAUAAAAACUAAAGCUGGCACUCAGUCAAAUACACCAGCAGUCACAGAGAGCUCAGUGCUAGGGCAGGAUCACCUCUAUUCGCACCACAUUUGAUUGUUAGAUUGUGGGUAUAGAUUGCAUUGAGCAAAAAGAGCCCCUCACGGUUACUGAAGUGAUCCAUCGACCCAAAUUGUAAUGCUGUAUAAAUGAGACACUUCCCAUUCUCCUCUCUCCCUUUCUUUGCUUUUUUGUAGUCUCGCCUCCUACCCUUGUCUGUGAUUCAACCAGGUCAGUGGGGCUGCGUUCAGCUCCUCUGGCUGUUCUCUGACUGUGCGGAAGAAAAGGCACCAUUACACUUCGUCCUCCCAAUUCCCCCCAUUCAGAGUCUACAUCUUUCACGUGUUCAGCUGUACAGCACAGACUUCUACAGAACAAUGUGCUUUGCAGAAUUAUUACACAGAGAAAGCCCUUCUCAUACCUUUUCUCUCGCAGCGACAUUCAUUAAAAGUUUUCUUGAGUCGUGGCAGAGUGUGACAUACAGCACCAGGCAGUUCCACUCCAAUUUACAUCUUUUUACUGAAUUUUUCUGUGCCUCUUAGGAACAGAAGUUAUACUAACACCAGGGAUAAUAUUUUAACUGUUCUACUGAGCCACCAGAUGACAUCCAAAAGUUACACGUGAAAAUAAAGUUAAAAAGGUGCUCAAGAUUAGAAUACACUAAAACUGAAUAGAAAUUCUAGUUAGCAUCAGUUGAACAGUCAGUCAGUCAUAUCGUUUGAUCAUGUAGCAUUCUGCAUUUCUGAUGAUUUUGGGUUGAUGCAUCACACUUUGUUAACUUGUGUGAGCUUUUGAACUCCCAUAAAGGUACAGUUCAAAGAGUAAUCUGUCACCACUGAUGCGUCAAGAGACACUGCUGUUGCUGUAGAUGCAAUAAAUGGAAAACUAAGUGGCUUCAGGCUGUUUAGAACUUUUACAUCAAAAAUAUAUAUUACUGUGUAUUCUUCUGAACCAGAAAAGGCACCUUUAUCCUAUAAAACGCCAGUCUAUUUUUUGUAGUAUUCUAUUCACUUACUGUAUGCUUGGCUCUCUCAUUAAGGAGGGACUUGUUUGUGUAGGACUUGUAUUAUGUAGAAAUAACUAUGUGAAUUCCAUUCUACGAUGGAUUUAAGGCUUAGAGGAGGUAGUGGGCACGGUGAUACUCUUAAACUUGGCACAGUCGCCCAAGGACAUGACACUGUCAGCACAUUGCUUACACUCAUCUGCGCGUGCACACACACAUGCACACACACACAUACACACACACACACACACACACACACAGAGGUGUAAUAGGGUAUAAUUUAGGAGGCUGUAAUAGUGAGAUGUGAUGCUCUGUUGUAAGACAGCAUGGCUAAUUCCCCGGUUAUGUUAUCUCUGAGAGACAGAUGUUCCCACCAAAGAUUACUAUGCACGCACACACAAAACAAAAACAACACACACACACACACAAACUGUGUGCAUGCAGAGAUGAAUGAACACAUUCAACCCUCAGACAAUAGAAGCAGCAGGAUAGUCUAAAAUAGCCUUAUUGACCAAAACCACAGAUCAAUGAUGAUGGAGACUUUUCUGAGAAUUAAUUAUGAGAUGCAAUGAGUUCCUGCAGAAUACAAUGAAGAGAAAAACAAUACUUCUCACAGAAACUUUUCCUCAACAAACAUUUCAUUUAAAACAAUGACAUGAAUUAUAUAAUGGACACUGACCUCUUGCCAUAUUGAUUUGAGGAAAAACCAAUAACACCACUCUAAGACAAACCAUAUCACCUUUUAAUGAUCAUAAUAAGCCCCACAAAGCUGUGAGUAUUAACCCUUUGUGUUAAUCCAUCAGCUGCAGAGCUUUUCCCAGGUCAGACGUACUGCAUCCAUUACCCAGGAAAUCCAUCAUAUACAGGAAAUAGUUUCACUGCAGAAGAUAAAGGUCACUUGAUUCAUGGCUUCUCACAGUGGCAGGAAAACCCUUGGGUCAGAUAACCAUCACUCCUAUUAUGUCAUUAAUUUGCAGUUUGAAUGCAGGGCCACAGCACAAAGAAAGAGAUGUAGAUGAGUGACAUGCAGUUCCUAUCUAUCAAUCUUCAAGUCAGGUGAGUCCCUUUUGUCCUUGGUCUUCUUUGUAAUGCUUGUCUGAAUUUAUGUCACUUAGUAUCAUAGAAUAUCCAUAAACCCCUCCUGCAUUAAAACAUCCAAAUAGUGACUUUGAGAGGCUGAAAGAAUUUAUUGUACACCUUGAAGCAAAUUUGAGUGCUUGAGCGUGCCUUCAAGAGAACAAUUUACACAAAUGAACAUGUGAAUGUGUAUAAACAGUAGAACUGCCUCUCAAACUCCUUUCUCCUCUGAGCCCUGAUCUUCCUCCUCCUGUUUCCGUUUAACUGGUUUCAGCUUUAAGUCUCCAGAUUCUGAUAAUUUCUCCCUUAAUCCUUUCAGAGGAGCACCCCGCUUAACUCGCUAAUUAAGUCAACGAUACACACAUACACCAACACAGGAUAAACAGCACAUGCACACACAGCUUGUAGCAUUCCGCUAUCUGAUUCACGGACAAUUGGUGGUUGAUGUGUGUGUGUGUAUUUGUAUGGUUACUGAGUAUUUGUGUGGCUGUAUUUCAAUGAUUAAGUCCCAAUCAGGAUGUUGUUAUGACGACACAUGCAUUUUUAAGAUGUUAAUCCAGGAUUAUUCUCCCCUCCGCUCAUCUCAUUGCAGUCGAUUAUUAAAACACACAUACGGGCACACGCACGCACACACAAAUACUAAUUAUGGGUUCGUUUCCCUGGAGACUGAACACAUGCUGCUAGGGUCUCCAAAGAUAGCUUGACAUACAGGUAAAAAAAGACAAAUCUGCUUAAUGUAUGAAUGCACUUCAGGCAUUAACUAUGCAUACAGUGUAGUGCUUGCUUUUUUUAUUAUAUAUAUAUAUAAUUAUUAAUUCAUUGAUAUUUGAAACACAAAAGAUCAAACAUGUAGAUCUGUGGCAUGGCAAUAUAUUUACACACGUCUGAUUAUUUCUGUGCUUUGGCCUUUCAGAGAGCAAUUUUCAGCAUAGAGUGGGAAAGAGUGCAAGUAAACAGUGAGUGUCCUUUCCCGGUGAUUGAAUGUGUGUCCUUGUGUAGAAACUGCACUCCCCUCUCUCAGCAAGUGAAAAUAUUCCUGCAGUGCUGAGCCUGAUGUACAGGUGAGAGAAUAGCCAAGGAUUUUGAGAUCACAUGAGGCUUUGUGUCCACUAUGGCCCACUCACACUAGGUCAGCUGAGAAUAACCAGAAAGGGCUGACCGCUGAUGUUCACUCACCCCUGGAGUCAUUAAUCACACAGCACUGCAGAUGAGCCACAUGGACACAUGUGGUCUCUCGCGCGCACGAGUGUCCAUGUCCAUGUGCAUGUGCGCGUGCACACGCACAUGCGCACACACACACACGCCAAAUGCUAGAUGACAGCUUCGCUCCAGGUAGUCAGUCCUCGAGGCCUGUACUCCUGGUGCAUUAUCAUACACUGAACAUUGCAGACAUGAAUAUUUCUGAGCAAAGCCCAGUCCACAAAUAACAACACAUCAUAUCACAUUAGGCUAUCAAUAUCUGCAGCAUACACACACACUCCUGGGCUUUAUUUUACACUCCUUAAACACAAAUACGCACAAUCAGAUCAUGGUCUCUGAACCCCUUUAUUCCCAAGCAAGCCUCUCAGCUUGCACCUGGGUCUCUUUCAGGAGCAGGAUCUCAGAUAAUGUUCUCAUUUACCGGUUAUGAAAUUCUUCAAAGGGGCCGCGGAGCAGUGAAUGCCUGUGGUGUGUUGUGUUUAACAGGCAUGGUGCAUGGAGAAAUACACUGUGGUGGAUGUAUGUUAAAGUUUCUAAAAUGCUAUUAUGUUUAAGACAAAAAUCAAGAAGCAAAAGCAAGAGACACAUGGAUGGACUACAUGUGUGUUUGUAAGAUUUCAAGAUAUUAGGGGCUGUAAUGUCGCACCCCCCCACUCUCCCACAUUUCCUGUCUCUCUUCAGCUGUCCCUAUCAAAUAAAGGCAAAAAGCCCACAAAAAUAAUCUUAACAAAAUAUAUAUAUUGACACAAUGGGGGUAUUUAAAAUUUUCAGUCUGACAUCUUGAGCCUGAACCAGUAGUUUGUCAUGCUGUGAAUGUCUUACAUUUCAAGUUUUUUGCUGUUGGUUUACAAAUUUGUUUCCAAAUCUUAUAAUCUAGUUUGUCAACAGUAAGUAGCUGCAUGUGUUGCUGUCCACCACUGAGAUAUACAAAGUCUGCAUCUUCACCGUCACCACUCAACUGUAAAAUAUAUAAAAGAAAGUGAAAAGCAUCGUUACACUAACCCAUGCCAUUACACUACAUAACCCUGUCUGAGAAUUUUAAAAAGGUUGCAAAGUGAAAACUAGUAAAAAAAAAAGAAAAGAAAAAAAAGAAGUUAGAGUUGCCUGUUUCUUCUUUCUGAAAGGCUUUGUGCCAGCCACUUUGAACAUUCUAGCAGAGAGAGAAAUGCAUGCAGCAUAAGUUAAUGUCAGAUUCUCUCUAUUGUGUCUUGUCUUGUUGAAUCCAAUGAGUUUUUCAAAAAAAGAGGCAAAAAUCCAAAGCGGGAGAAUAAACUGAACAGCAUAAAAAUUCAAGAAUUGCACAUAAACUUGGAAUAUUAAAACCGUUACAUGUAAAGAUAGCAUUAACUGUUUGCUGGCAGACACAGUUUUCUAAAAAUACUUACACCCAAUGAGAUAUUUCCCUUUACUGCAGUUGUUGAAGAAAACACUGCUGCUGUUCUAUUGCGGAAGAGCUGAAGUAAUUAAUGUGCAGCCUUUGUACAGCUUUUUGUUAAUGCGUGUAAGCAUGUGCUGUGUAUGUUUGCUUGUGGAAACCAAUACGUGGGUGUGUAUAAGAGGUAAAAGCAUUCAGGUGUUUUGUUUUGGCUGCUGGUGAGAAGUAAAGCUCUAAAACUAAUUUCUUUCAUCAACAUCUGUCAAG